UGCACAUCGUAGCUGAUGCAAGUUGAAUGAGUGAGCGGCCGGUUCUAGUGUCCAGCAGGUAAAAAGGAUGGACUGUCAGACAGAUGAUACAGGCAGUCUUACCCCAAUGGAGCUGUAUGAGAAGCUGUCAGCACAAGGGGACAAAGUUAGGACCCUGAAGACAGAAAAGGCACCUAAACCAGAUAUUGAUGCUGCAGUGCAGUUGUUGGUGAAGCUGAAGUUGGAAUAUAAAACCGCAACGGGUCAGGACUACAAGGCUGGGUGUCCGCCAAGUGAUGGUCCUACCCUGCAGGACAACGGACCUUCAGUCACUGAGGGGGAGGAUCUUGUGAACCCCUGGAAUGUUACCACCACUAGCGCCAAAGGAGUGGAUUAUGACAAGCUAAUAGUGCGUUUUGGCAGUAGCAAAAUUGACCAGGAGCUGGUGGACAGAAUUGAACGAGUCAGUGGACAGAAGCCGCACCGCUUUCUACGACGAGGAAUCUUCUUCUCACAUAGAGACAUGCAUCAGGUCCUGGAUGCAUAUGAGAGCAAGAAGUCUUUCUACUUGUACACAGGUCGGGGCCCUUCCUCAGAAGCAAUGCAUGUAGGGCACCUCAUCCCCUUCAUCUUUACAAAGUGGCUGCAGGACGUUUUUGAUGUUCCACUGGUAAUCCAGCUCACGGAUGACGAGAAGUACCUGUGGAAGGAUCUUUCUGUGGAGGAAUGCCAUCGCUAUGCCGUGGAGAACGCCAAGGACAUCAUUGCCUGUGGCUUCGACAUCAACAAGACCUUCAUUUUCUCAGACCUGGACUACAUGGGAUCGAGCCCAGGGUUCUACAGAAAUGUGGUGAAAAUCCAAAAGCAUGUGACUUUCAACCAGGUCAAAGGCAUUUUUGGCUUUACGGACAGCGACUGCAUCGGAAAGAUCAGCUUCCCAGCAAUCCAGGCAGCCCCCUCCUUCAGCACCUCCUUCCCUCAGAUCUUCAACGGAAGGAAGGACGUCCAGUGUCUCAUCCCGUGCGCCAUUGACCAGGACCCCUACUUCAGGAUGACCCGAGACGUAGCCCCGCGCAUCGGCUACCCCAAACCUGCCCUCCUGCACUCCACCUUCUUUCCUGCCCUCCAGGGAGCUCAGAGCAAGAUGAGCGCCAGCGAUCCCAACUCCUCAAUCUUCCUCACUGACACACCCAAGCAAAUUAAGAACAAGAUCAACAAACACGCGUUCUCUGGGGGAAAAGACACCAUCGAGGAGCACAGAAAGUAUGGCGGUGACCCUGAUGUGGAUGUGUCCUUCAUGUACCUCACUUUCUUCUUGGAGGAUGAUGAACAGCUGGAUAAAAUCCGACAGGAUUACACAAGCGGAGUCCUAUUGACCGGAGAACUGAAGAAGCGUCUGAUCGACACCCUGCAGCCCAUGAUCUCAGCUCACCAGCAGAGGCGCAAACUGGUUACAGAUGAAAUGGUCCAGCAGUUCAUGACCUCCCGGCCACUGGACUUUAAUUACUAAUAGGGGACGAUUUUGGGCAUUUAAUAAUAAUUCCCUGUGAAAAGGAAACCAUCACAUCACAGGCCACAGCCCUGAUCUUUAAAUCAUUAGGCUCUAUAUUCUGCAAUCCAUGUACAAUAAAUCAUCCGCUUAAAUGACAUCUAAUGUUUUAGUCUGUCUCCGCUAUCUGCUCCCUUUGUGUCGGACAGCAGUGAAAACUGACUGUCCUUUGUAAUUUUAUGGAAACCACAUAAAAGGAAGCUCUGUCAAAAAAUUCAGAUGGGAAAAAUUAUUAUUGCUUAUAUAAUGGUUUAUCCAUGAGGUUUAAUUCUGGGGGGGUUAAAUAUGUAGGUAAGAAAAUAAAUAUAUUUACUAUAUAUUCUGAUGACACGAUAACAAAAUUGUAUUAAUUUUCACUCUGACCUGUAAUCUAUUUUUUUAAUCCUUUGAAUGUUAGUAUAAUUUGAAUAUUUAUUAAAUCAAAAAUCUUUAACAUUGUUUUUGGCUUAUAAGGAAUUGCCAAGCCACUCCAAGAGUUUUUAUUUUCCCAAACACAUUACGCACCAUAGUCAUUCCCAGUACUGAUUACUGUAAAGGUGACUUACCUAAGAGGCCAAAUAAGAUUGUCCUGUAAGUUUCAUGCUGUUUGGUUCGCUAAUGGCUAUUAAUAUUCUGUGCUUUAUUGAUAACAGGUUAUAAUGAGACAGGGUCGCAGUGGUAUGGAGCCUAUCCUGGCAGUGUAGGGCACAAGUCAACAGAGGAUACACCUUGGAUGGAAUACAUGGAAUACGACUCCAUGGCAGGAAAGCCACAUGCAAAACCAUGCACAUACUCACCUAAAACGCAGGUCUUUGGACUGUCGGGGAAAACCCAUGCAAAUACAGUGAGAACAUGCGAACUCCUCACAUACUGACCGGGUCUCAAACCUACAUCCCAGUGUGCAGCCCAGGUUAUCUGAGCUAUCCAUGCUGCCCACUGUGCCAUAUUCAUGCAAGUGGUAGAGUAUGAAAAAAUAAAACUAAUACAACCAAAAUUCAAAGGAUAAUUGCAAAGAACUGCCCGAAUAAAGAACUCUGGCCAUUGUGAUCCCCUUUACUGCUUGGGAUGCUCCUAGUGUAUGUGCACAUUUUAGGAGUUCUUUCAUUUUCUUCUAAAAACACAGCACAGAGGCCACAGUUAUACAAAGAAUUCCUCAGGAGAUGCCUUGAAAAAAGCCCCGCAGUAUGAAGAUGCUCCAUUCUAUAAACAAAAGAAGGGUAGAGUGGAGUAGUGAUGAAUAACAGUUUAGUUUCCGAGAGUCUAAACAGUUACCAUCUGAUUAAUCCCAGUAAAAUAUUGAGGGUAAUGUCCGGGAUUUAACUAUCCUUUCUUUAGCAUUGCAAAGUCAUUUUGGUGAAUGUUUCCUCUGUCAUUUUACCACGUGGUUCACAUGCCGCUGCUGUUACUGUUGGACUUCAGCCACAUUAAACACAAGUCAUUUGACUGCAGUAACAACAAGUAUAUGAGGCUGAAAUAUUAUGUAACUAAUCUCCUAUACUGAUCUGCCAUAGUCUUGGGUUUUAUAGCAUACAAAAAAUAUCAUUUUACCCAGAAAAGAAUUAGAAAUAUUAUGCCACAAUUCAUUAUGUAUCCUGCUGAAACAGUUUUGACCCUUUGCAAAUGUUAGUUAAUACAGGCAAGUCAAUACAGUUACUUUGACUUUGACAUUAGAAAAACAGUCAUUGCGGAGGAGAAUCAGGAAACCCGGCCUCAGGUGAUUAUUAAAAACCUCUCAUCUAACUAUGUAAAACAUUGAUUACACAUUAUUCAAUGUGGGUGAAAUACAUAGUAGAGCAUGGUUCUUAUGAGCUGUUAUUUAGACAACUAUAUGUUAUUCAUUAAUUUCUCUGUGUUCUAUGUAAUCCAUCGUCUUUGUGUUAUGCAUUUCAUUUCUGUUACAGGACCGUCCAGGAUGGUCUCCUGCAAAAAUUUUUAUUUUACACAAAUUUUUUGAUACUCAGCAUAUAUCAUUACAGUUUUUAAUUUCUUUUUCUUCAAGAAAACCAUACCAUCCUGAGAGUACUCGACCUAGCUAGAUGUCAGAAGCUAAGCGAAUUUAGGCCUGGUCAGUACUUGGCUGGGAAAAGUGCUGGGAAGACCAGGUGCUGUAACCUUUCCAUAUGCAGUGAUCAGUGUGAAGUACAGAUGCUCCUCGACUAACGAUGAAGUUAUGCUCCGAUAAACCUAUCGUAAGUGGAAAAAUCGUAAGUCGAAAAAGAAUACAGUACCGCGCCUACCGAACAUCAUAGC